AUGGAUGGAAUGGAAAGCAAGUUUCAGGACAUCCUUCACGGGACCAGGAACGUGAGAGACUACGGGGACGAAUUCAACCGACUCAGGAGGUUUGCGGGACACUACCUGAGUGACCACGAUUUAGUCCGCCGGUUCCUCAAGGGAAUGAUGAUAGAACUGAGGAACAGCUGCAAUGUGCGAGAUUACCGUGAUGUCCAUGAACUGAUCGAGAAGGCCGCUGAACAAGAAACAGGGCUUGAGGAGGAGCGACGACGAAACCAGGCCUCCCAGAAUCAGGGUGCCAAGCGGCCCCGGGAUUCACCACCCCUGACCAAGACUGCCCCGGCAAGGGCCCCAUGCGGGAGGUGUGGACGGUUACACCCGGGAGAAUGUCGGAUGGGAGCAUGCUACAACUAUGGACAGCACGGUCACAUCGCGAGGGAUUGUCUGAGGGAGAGACAAGGACGCCCGGAAGCUGCCCAUCGAGGGCGCUGUUAUCAUUGUGGCCAAGAAGGAUCCGUCGCGGUCGGAGGAGUGACAUCAUUCACUCUCUUCGACACUGGGGCCACUCAAAGUUUUGUAAGCCCUAAACUUACACGUGAGUGGAACUUUAAGGGGAAUUUCAACACCAUGGUGACGGGGGUCGAGACUGCGGGUACAGAGAAAAUGGCGACGAGGGGAAAGUAUGAAGAGGUGCCGGUGAUCCUCGCAGUAGUGAACCUACCGGGGGACCUACUGGAGUUAGAGCUGGGGCGAUACGAAGUGAUAUUGGGAAUGGAUUGGCUAGCACAGCACAGAGCUGUAGUCGAAUGUGCCAAGGCAUGUGUCUGGAUACCGCUGGAGGGAAGACAAAUCGUGUAUAAGGGAAUGAGAACUCGGACCAGGGUAUCCGUGAUAUCGAUGGUUCAUGCUGAAGAAGCAAUCAGAAGGGAGGAGAAGCCUUCCUAG